UAUAGAGUGCAGUGGGCCGGGGCACAGCGAACGCUACUUCAACGCGCGGGCGCGAAUGACAACAACAUGGUUAUUUGACUGGCGACGCGACGGCUUCAUUAGAACAGCUGAUUAAUCAUGUCUAUGGACAUUAGAUCCUUUUUUGGCAGCCCGGGUAAGCCGGCUGCAUCCUCCAGUUCAACCAAACACACUAAUGGCAAAGGAAAGAGAAAACACGAUGAAGAUGAUGGAGACUUUGCCAUGUUCGAGAAGAAGCAGCGCCACUCUGCCAAACCGACGAAGAUGAAGAAAUCCAACAUCAUUUAUGAUUCUGACUCAGACUCAGAUGAUCCCAAAUCCAAGAAGACCAAGACCCUUGUGAAGCAGACCGAGUCCAAGACCAGUAAGGGACCAACCAAGCUGCCUCAGCCGACGCCAGAGAAGAAGAAAGCCACCUCGGCGAUUGAUUUCUUUGGGAACUCUCCGGUACAGAGGUCUGUGAAGAAACCUGCUAGAAAGGUACAGCCGCUCACCAAUGGAGGAGCCAAGAAACCUCGGCUGGAGAUGGAGGAGCAUGAUGAUGAGGAUUUCCAAGCCACCCUUCGCAUGAUGGACCAAGAUGAGUCACCUCCAAAAGAAGACAAACCAGCUAAGGGCAAAGGACUUGCGAGCAAAUUGGCAGCCAAGGUGAAGGCGGGUAGCCUUGUUCCGGACACACCGGACAGAGAGAAGCAGAAGGAGAGGUCUAGAUAUACGGAACCUACCAUCCAGGAUACCCCUUCAGGCAGCAGACAACAGAGUAGAAUUUCAACAAAAGAAGAUGAGAAAGAAAGUCCAACAAAGAGAGUGACCCGAUCCACCCCCACCAAGCCCCCACCAGCCAAACGUGCACCCAUAAAGUCCACCACCAAGGCCAAACUAGAGAUCACAUCCCCUCCCAGGAAGAAGGAAGAGGCUGUGACCAGCCCCCCUGGUGGGGAGGGGGAGAAGAGGAGGGGUAGUGCAGGCUAUAAGAGCUACUUGAAUCGGGAAGGGCCAAGAUCAUUGGGCUCGAGAGAAGAACCAAAGGGUGCUGAUGGCUGUCUGUCUGGUUUAACCUUCGUGCUCACUGGAGUUAUAGAGUACUUUGACAAAGAUCAGAUCAAGACAAUGGUUGAGCAGCACGGCGGUCGACUCACUACUAGCGUCAGCAAAAAGACAUCGCAUCUUGUGAUUGGUCGAGAACCUGGCGAGUCUAAAGUGGCAAAGGCACAAGAGUUUAGAAUCAAACAGAUCCAGGAGGAAGAACUCUAUGAAAUGAUAGAAACCAGACCAGGGAAAGGAGGGUCAAAGGCCAAAGGUCAAGCACCUCAGCAGCAGGCGAAGAAGCAUGAGGAAACAAAGCCGGAGAGGACAAUAUCAAAACCAGACACACCAAGUAUGAAACCAAUCCCAUCCUCAAAAGAUACAGCAAUAAAGAAGGAACCGUCAUCUCUCCCAUCAUCAUCAUCAUCAUCAUCGAAUGUCAGUCAAUCAGGUCAAAGUUCAAAGCCUGCACCAGGGAGAGGCCAGUCUGCAGCAGGGGGAGGCCAAAGCCUGAUGUGGGUGGAUAAGUAUAAACCAGUCAGCACAAAGAACAUCAUCGGGCAGCAGGGAGAUAAGAGCAACGCCAAGAAACUACUCAACUGGCUCAGGAGGUGGAACGACAACAACUACGGGAGCAACAAAGAAAAAGCUAAAUUCAACAGGGAUGCGGGUUUUGCAUUCAGAGCAGCUCUCCUCUCUGGGCCCCCUGGUGUAGGCAAGACAACAACAGCCACUCUGGUUUGCCAGGAACUUGGCUUUUCCUUCAUUGAACAAAAUGCAAGUGAUUCUAGAGGGAAAAAGAGCCUGCAGGGUGGUAUUGCAGAAUCGCUCGACAACCAAUCUAUUGCCGACAUGUUCAAGAAGGGCUGUGGAAAGAAGACUUCAGAAGAGGGUCACAAGCAUUGUCUGAUUAUGGACGAAGUGGAUGGUGUAGCAGGGAAUGAAGAUAGAGGAGGAAUUCAGGAGCUCAUCCAGAUGAUCAAGACUACGAGAACACCAAUCAUCUGUAUCUGCAAUGAUCGAAGUCAUCCCAAGAUCAGAUCUCUAGUAAACUACUGCUUUGAUCUGAGAUUCCAAAGACCAAGGGUUCCUCAGAUAAAGUCUGCCAUGAUGUCCAUCGCUUACAAAGAAGGUCUGACCGUUCCUCCUGCCGCUCUAGACGGCAUGAUCAUGGCUGCUAACCAGGAUGUCAGACAGGUUUUGCACAACCUGAGUAUGUGGAGUGCAGGUCAGAAGAAGAUGAACGCUGAACAGAUGAACACAGAUGCAAGGAAUGCAAAGAAAGAUCUAAAACUGGGCCCUUGGGAUGUAGCCAGGCAAGUCUUCUCUUCCAAAGACCUCAAGACGAUGAGCUUCAACGAUAAGAUGGACUUGUUCUUCCACGACUACUCCAUUGCAGGGCUCUUUGUGCAAGAGAACUAUCUUCAUGUCAUACCAGAUGAAGGAAGAGGAGACAUCAAAAAGCAAUUAGACUUGGUGAGUAAAGCAGCUGACAGCAUGUGCCAAAGUGACCUUGUGGAGAAAGCCAUCAGGACAAGAAACUGUUGGAGAUUGCUACCAACACAGGCUGUAUUUGCCAGUGUGAUCCCAGGCACGACUAUGCAAGGCUACAUGGGAGGCAUGAUCAACUUCCCGAGCUGGCUUGGAAAGAACUCGACAAGAGGGAAGAACUUCAGACUCUUACAAGAAUUGCAAGUUCACAUGAGAAAAAGCACAUCGGCUUCAAUUCGAAGCCUGAACCAGGAGUACCUGCCUCGCCUUCGAAAGUUCCUGACGCAACCGAUGGUAGAGAGGGAGGCAGACGGGGUGCCGGAUACCGUCAACCUGAUGCAUAGCUAUGAUCUACUGAGGGAGGACUUUGACAGCUUGUUGGAAGUGACGCAAUACUCUGGUUUCAAUGCCCCGAUGGGCAAAGUGGCUCCUAAGGUAAAAGCUGCCUUCACCAGACUGUACAACAAGGAGGCACAUGCGACCCCCUACGCGGUGGACGCGGGGGGUAAGAAGAAGAAAGGAAAGGGCGGAGGAGGGGCGGCAGGGGUAGAAGAUGGUCUCAUGAAAGUGGAAGGAGAGGAGGACGAAGGAACACAACAGGAUGAAGAAGGUAGCGACGAGGAUGAUGACGUCAGUGCAUUGAGGGCCAAGCCAAAAGCUGCAGGGGCCAAAGGUCGCGGCGGAGGGUCAAAGGGCAAAGCUCCUGCCAAAGGGAAAGCCCCAGUCAAAGGGAAAGCACCAGCCAAGGGGAAAGGAAGAGGCAGAUCAAAGUGAAACGAUUUUCACUGCAAAUUUAAUAAAGAGACUUUAAUAUGCUGAUAGACCUAAGCUGUAUAAUGUAUAAUAGUGCCUUCCGAUUGGAGAAACAACUUUCUGUGCUUGGAAUGCCACAUAUUUUUCUGAAUACGGACGAGAAUGAAGCAUGCAUCGUGAACUGAAGGUCAAAGGUGAAAGGAGGAUAAUACUAAACCUUCAAGGUACACAGAUUGGCGAGAGAAGAAACUAUUAAAACUUCAUCUUCUUCACUUUGGCCCAUGAUCUUGAUCACAGAAUCGUUUUCCUUAGCUAAUUUUCUGUCUUGAAAAAGUGAAGUUUGUGAUAUGCCACUAACAAGUCUUGUCUUGUUUCUGUCAUCUUACAUACAUGUAUAAUAGCAAGCUAGAACGUAUGAGGAGAGCGAUUGGAGGAGGUAUUACAUAUGUGAUGUAUGCUAAGCUAUCAGUAGACGGCCAUUAUUCGCACAAAUACGCUCAAAUAACUCUUUCAGACUUCUUCCUUUCUUAUUUUUACGGAGCGUCAUUGUUGCCCCGUAUUUUAGUCAGUAAGAAAAUUCAUGGUUCGGCUAUUUUACGCUUAUUUUCAUUAGUUGGUCAGAUAAUUUGACUGUAAGGUCCUUCUUUGCAAAUAAUGUGGUUAAUCACCUACAAAAAAAAAAGCUGCAGCAAAACAAAAUCAAGGGGAGGUUAAAAAGGAUGUUUGCAUGCAGCAACAAAUGCCUCGAGGCGUACUAGAGUUACAAGAUAUGGAAGUGUGAACCACGCUCCACUUAUUAUAUUUGAAUUUACUUUUAACUGCAGUAGUUUUUAUAGGCAGUGUAUUGCAUCAUGCAUGAAUGAGGGUUAAAUUGUUAUCUUUACCCAUAUCUGGUGUAAGUAUACAGACCUCUGCCUCUCCUCACUAUGCAGGGAGGUGGGCAGCUAAUCAAAUU